UGGCUUUGCCGCAGUGCAGCGGCCCCGUCCCUUCCCUUCCCCUGCCGCCCUUCUGCUCUCUCUCUCUCUCUCUCUCUCUCUCUCUCCGUCUCGCUUCUCCCGCGGCGGGCAGCCCCGCCCCCUCAGCGUCCCGUCGCCUAGCAACCGGCGGCAUCGGGCCUACUGCGGCGGCUGCGGCGCUGGCGGAGCCUCUCAGGCGAGGCGUCUUUCUCUCUCUGAGGGGGAAGAAGGGAGGAAGGCGAGAGCUGUGCGGGGAAGAGAAAAGAGCGCGUAACGGGACGGGCUCUCCGCGAAGCCCCCCACGUGUGCUUGGUCGUGACGUCACCCGGGCCCACCUUACCUGCGACGUGACGUCACUCGCAGCACAACCUCCGCCUGUUGACGUCAAGUUAUUUUAUACAUAUAUAAUUAUAUGUAAGCCUACCUGAGAGCAGACACCAGAGGAAAUGACCCAUCUGAAAUCCCAAGCUUUGAAAGUUAGAGGACGUGCCUUUAAAGACCAUGAACCAUUCAGACAUUGCAGUCCUGGAUCACUUCUUACAGUCAGGGCUAUCAAACCAAGAGUUACACCUGGCACAGUCGGUGUGGCAACUGGAAAUCAACUAGAAACGAGAAGCAGAAAAGUUGGGAGCGACCCUAUGCAGGCAUCCUUCGGCGAAGAGAACAAUUCUCUGGAAAAGUUUAAAGCUCUGCAAAAGAAACACCUGCAGCUCAAAGGUAUUCUAAAAGAAAAGGAGUCAUCAAUAUCAAGAUUAACUAAAAUAAUAAAAGACCAGGCUACUGAGUAUAGAACAGCAAUAGAAUUAGAAAAAGAACACCAGAAGGAGACUGAAAGGCGACUGGAAGAAUCAGAACAUUUAGUCAAGGAGCAGAGCCAGUUGCUUGAUGAAACUGUGGCACGUUACAGAAAAAUAAUUAAGGAGCAAGAAACACAGCAUGCAGAGCUGGUGCUCGAAAUGAAAAAACAGAGUGAGGCUGAUAUAAGGCGCAGAGAAGAAAAUAUUCUCAAGAUAAAGCAAUAUAUUUCUGGUACCUUCCAAGAAAAAUCCCGGGAACGUCAACAACAGACAGAUGAACUCAGGAGAGAAAUAAAUAAAUUCAUGGAGAAAUCACACAUUCUCAAAACAAAACUUGAAAAAGAACUCAAUGCAAAAAAGGUGAGAGAAGGAAAACGUGCUUUGGCAUUUACUGGAACAUUAUUUAAAAAAACAACCUUCCAUAAAACAUUUGUAUGUUCUGUACCUUGUUUUGCGGCAGCAAUUUGUGUGUUGUUUGGCUAGGUUUCUCCUAUGCAUUUAUGGAACUGAUAAAACAAUUUUUUUUAACCAAACAGCAAACAAUCCAUCUUUGGAAUUUGUGUUUUAUUAGGCAUGUAUAAAACAGCAUUUUGUGAUUCCCUCAAGGUGCAUUAUUAACUUCAGAGUCGAGAACAGCUUAAUCUUAAGUGGCCUUUGUACUCUGCGACUCCAAAACCACCAUCACCUUUGUACCCCUUUCCUGCUAUUUCUCAAUAUAGCUGCAUUCUGAUGCCCCACACACAACAAGACACAUUCCCUUAUCUGUUCCACAGGUGUGAUUAAAAUAAAAUCCCCCACUCUCAAAAAAGCCCACCCACCCAUACAGCCAUUUCCUCAAUUUAUAAGAUUACAGAGCAGAAGGGAAACAUUAAAAACCACUUUUCUACCUGAAAUGUUCCCAUAGCCCCAGUUUCACUCAAUUGUAUUGUGAUUUCAGUGUGAAUUAAAAAAAAAACAGUGCUGCAA